UGACCGGUGAGAACACGGGCCAGUCCUCCGACAGAAGCAGCCUCAGCAACGGAUUAAGAACCGAACUUAAUUAUUUAUUAAAAUAUUUUUUUUCAAUAUACCCACAUCGUUCUAAGUUUUUAUUUUGUGCCUGUGUUUCAGGAUUUUUGUGAACAAAUCUAACGCAACGAACAUUUAAAGAACCCAAAACCAAAAGUAACUCACCGUUACGAUUCAAAAAUUCAAAAAACAAAGCAAACAGUUGUGUGUGGCCCAUCAAUAUAAGCGGCCAAAAGCUAAAAAACCAACAACAAACAGUUUCCUUCUUCAAAUCAAAAACGACAACAAAAGGUGCACCGAUUUUCUAGCAUGAAGUGCCAAAUGAUUUUACUGGCCGCCGUUUGUCUGGCGAGCGUUUGGGCUCUGCCCGUACCCGAUGAGGAGGUUGCCAUUCAGCCCGAUGCUGGCUCCAAGGCCGAGCUUCUUGGCAAGACCAUACAGAGCAACCCCAUCGAGCCAGUCCCGGCCAAGCCCGAGCUGGAUGCCAAGAUUGAGCCCAAAACAGCGGCUGUGCCCACACCGGCUAAGCCCAUCGAGAGCGUGCCCGAACUUGCCGCUGCAGCUCCAGCUGCUAAGAGUCCGCAGACCAACACCAACGAGCUGAAACUGCAGGCGCCCGAUGUGGAAACCGCACCCGCCAUACCCGAGAAAAAGGCCAUAAUUGAGGAGAACAAAACAGUCGAGAACGUUGAGGCCAUUGAGAAGAAACAGGAUAAGAAAUUGGCCCGCACCGAACAGGAGCAAGAGCCGUUGGAGGCACCCAAGGCCAUUCCUCUGGUGGAAGCGCCAGCCGCCAAUGCCGAAGUGCAACAACAGGGCGUCGAAGAGGCCCAAUCUGCAGUUCUUAAAGCUCCCCUAGCCUCAGGCAAAUCCAAUGAGCCCCUGAACAGUGAAGCCGAAGCUGCGUCCAAGCCAGAAGCUGCUGCCGAGCAAACCAAGCCUGAGCUGAAGAUCGCCGAAGCACAGAACCCUCAAGCCGCCACCGAGCCAGAGCAAAAGGAACAGUCUCAGUCCGCCGAGCAACCAGCCCGUCAGGAACGCAUUAACGAGAUCGAGCAGAAGGAGAAGGCUGCGGCGCCCAUUGAUGCGUCCCCAGAGAAGGAAAUCAAGCAGUCCGGCGAAUCAAAGUUGAGCGAGAGCAACAUUCAGGUGAUUGCCCCACCAGAGAUCAAGAGCGCCGAGGAGAAGAAGCCUGUUGAGGCUGAAGCUGCUGCCACCCCCAUUGCUAAGUCCGCUGAAUCGACCGAGAAACAGGCACAGCCCGUCGAGCUGCAGAAGAGCACAGAAACAGCUGCCGAGUCUGCGCCCGUGCUGAAGAACAUCGACGCCUCCGUGCCUUCAAAUGAGAAAGCCAACGAGCAGACCAUCGAGCCCAAGGCUGAGCAGCAGGCAGAGGCCGCAGUUAUCGCUCCAGAGGGCAAGAAGAUCGACGAAACAGCCGCCGCCUCCGCCCCUGCAACCAUUGAGAACAACAAGCCGGUUGAGCCGGCCAUCAAGAGCCAGGAGUUGACCAAGAAGGAAAUAGUUGCCACCCCUGCUGCGGCCGAACUGAAGAAAUCAUCUGAGGAGAAAUCCGACAAGUCCGACAAAUCCGAGUCCAAAAACGAAGACUCCUCGGAGUCCAAGGAGUCCGAUGAGAGCAGCGACUCCAAGGAGAACACAUCGAACUAGAGCAGCCCCGGUCUCGCUCAAUAAACCGCUUUCGGCAAAGUAACAGCGGUCAAGCCCACUUUCCCCUCCCCCCUGACUUUCUACGAGCCCCAUAGUCGGUGUUCGUCUUCCGCUCUUAAGUUGCUCUUAAUAUUACAAAUCUUAGUUAGUGGUAUUUUUAGUAAGUAAUCGAGAUAGCAACACACAGCAAAAACAACAGCAACAACAACAGCAGCAACAACAACAAUAACAGCAAUAUAAGAACAAGAAUGAGAAGAACAGAAAUUCGAAUGCAGUAAUACUUGUAGUUUGGAUAUUAAGUCUAAGGCCCGCAAAAAAGGUUCAAGCAAAAAAUAAAUAACCAGCAGAAAACAUGAAUGGGGGAACCCUCAAACUUAUAAUUAUCAUAGCAGUAGCAAUAGCAACGGAAACUGGAACAGGAAUAACAGAGAAAAGAGAAAUAAAAAGAAACAGGACAAACCGCUAAGAUGGCAUAAAGCAAUACUUAUAAUUAUAAUUUAAUUAAUUUAAUUUUAAUUAAAUUUUAGUCAUUGCAAAACAACCAACUAAAACGUCUAGUACCCCCCCAAUUCCACAAAGCCGCUCCGCCCACCCUCCUUUCCACCUCAAAGACACACACACACACACACAAACUAAAUGGAAAAACCGGAAAAUUUUGUUGUUUUGCCAUCCCACAGCGUUGGAAAACGAUUAAAUAUUUUUUAAAAAAAAAACUUUUUUUUUUGUGAAAAUUUAUGAUAACGCACCUACAUUUAAUACCGAUAGUGUUAUGCAUAUAUAAAUAUAUAUGAUUUUUAUAUAGACUGAGAAAAUUCUUAAAUAAAAAACGGGAAAAAAUAGAA